AUGGGCGGGGCGCAGGGCCGGGCCCGCCAAUGGUUGAGAAGCUUCAGAGCGUACACUUUGUAUUGGUCGGAGCGAGAUAACGCUCGCGAAUCUCGGAGGCUGGAUGUUGCUUGUUAUUUGUCGUGUCCCCCUCCUCCCCUCCCCGCUCUCCCCGGCGCCCCCUCCCUCCUGCCCCCGGGCCGCUCCGGGCCACGUUUACUUGAAACGCUCCAAUUUAUUCCCGUGACGUGA